AUGUCCAACGCUGAGCUAGCAUCUUCAUACGCCGCCCUAAUCCUCGCGGAUGACGGUGUCGAAAUCACUGCAGACAAGCUCCAAACUCUCAUCAAGGCCGCAAACAUCGAAGACGUCGAGCCGAUAUGGACAUCCCUCUUCGCCAAGGCUCUUGAAGGCAAAGACGUAAAGGACCUGCUUCUCAACGUUGGCUCUGGCGGAGGUGCCGCCGCUGCUCCAGCUGCCGGUGGUGCUGCCGCCGCCGGUGGUGACGCCGAGGAGGCCAAGGAGGAGGCUAAGGAAGAGGAGUCGGACGACGACAUGGGCUUCGGUCUGUUCGACUAA